UUAAAAAAAUAAUAUUAAUGUGUUAAAAAGAGAGAUGAAGCGUGUAGUAUGCAAACAGAAUUGCUCCAAGUAUUCAUCACUGGAGUGUCGUCCCACGAGGAGUCGUCCCAACUUACUCUAAACUCACUUCUUCUUCUUCUUCUUCUUCUUCUUCUUCUUCUGUAAUAAAUGCACUGCUACUACUACUGAUAUAUGUAGAGUAGACCAUCAUCGCCACAGUAAUGGCCAUAUGCUAUCAUCAAUCUUCACUCAAACUCUCGUCCUCAUAUCCUCUCCCUAACCUCUUCAUACCCAAAUCCCAAUCCCAAACCUUAACCUUGAGAUGCAAGAACCUCUCAUCUGUCUCUUCUUCAUCUACAACCCUUGUUACUGAACCCGAGCCUAUAUUCACCUCCGUCAAGUCCUUCGCACCCGCAACUGUUGCUAACCUCGGCCCUUGUUUUGACUUCCUGGGCUGCGCUGUCGACGGAAUCGGCGACUUCGUCACUCUCCGAGUCGACCCCCAGGUCCACCCGGGCCACAUCUCCAUAUCCCACAUCGAUGGCGUCGGCGAUUCCUCCAAAAAACUCACCAAAGACCCCCUCCUCAACUGCGCUGGUAUCGCCGCAAUCGCCGUCCUCAAGAUGCUCAACGUCCGAUCGGUCGGCCUCUCCCUCUCCCUCCACAAAGGCUUGCCUUUGGGCAGCGGCCUCGGUUCCAGCGCCGCCAGUGCCGCCGCCGCCGCUGUCGCUGUCAACGAGAUCUUCGGCGGUCAUUUAUCGGUGUCGGAUCUGGUGCUCGCCGGACUCGAGUCGGAGUCCAAGGUUUCCGGCUACCAUGCCGAUAAUGUGGCUCCGGCGAUCAUGGGAGGUUUCGUGUUGAUUCGGAGUUAUGAUCCGCUGGAGUUUAUUCAAUUGAAGUUCCCUCCCAACUUGGAGGAGAAAGAUUUGCUGUUUGUGUUGGUGAAUCCGGAAUUCGAAGCUCCCACGAAGAAAAUGCGGGCGGCAUUGCCAAUGGAGAUUCCGAUGAGGGAUCAUGUGUGGAAUUGCAGCCAGGCAGGGGCAUUGGUGGCGGCGGUGCUGGAGGGGGAUCUCAAAGGGCUGGGGAAGGCAUUGUCAUCGGAUAGAAUAGUGGAGCCGAGGAGGGCACCGUUGAUUCCUGGGAUGGAAGGGGUGAAGAAGGCAGCAAUGGAGGCUGGGGCAUUUGGGUGCACCAUCAGUGGGGCAGGUCCGACUCUGGUUGCAGUUACGGAUGAUGAGGAGAUGGGGAGAGAGAUUGGAGAUAGGAUGGUUGAAGCCUUUAUGGAGUAUGGGAACUUGAAGGCCUCUGCAAUGGUGAAGAGGCUUGACAGGGUCGGUGCUAGGCUCGUAAGUUGCAUCCCUGGAUGAUGAUGAUAUAUUAAUAAUGCAAUGCUAUGCUAUGCUAUGGUGAUGAUGAUCAAUCAACAAGAAGAAGAAGAAGAAGAAGAAGAACUACUGAUUCAGUUCAUGGUAUGAUCUCUAUUUGUUUUUGGUUAUCAUGCCUUGCCAACUCAACCAAAAAAAUAAACAAAUAGAAAUAAAAAUGACUGGUCAUUAUUCAAACUAGUUGAGUUGUCUUCUUUUCAUUGUUAUUGUGAGCCAGAGAAGAGAAGCAUUGUUCAUAUUUCUGGUUCUUAUUCUUGUACAUUGUUGAUUUUACGCCGUGAAAUCAAGAAACAAAUCCAAAUGCAAGUGGUGUUGCAAGUAUCCUGCAAUGCAACAUAUACUUUUAAACUUUUUUGGCUUCA